AAUGACAGAGAGAGAAAGAGAGAAACUGAGAGUAAGUGUGUGUGUGAGAGAGAGCAGCUCUUCAUUAAGUCUGUCCACCAGCAGCACACAAAUAAAGCAGAAUGAUCCACAUCUGUGAUCAUAAACUUCUCAUAUUUAACCUGCUGCUCAUCAUGUCAGUGGUGGCAUGUGAGAUGAAGAAGAUCUUGACUUUCACUGCUUAUGAAGGAGGAAGAGUUGAAAUACAGUGUCCCUAUGAGUCUGGAUAUGAAACAUAUAAUAAAUAUCUCUGCAGAGGAAAAUGUCCAAUACUGAAUAAAGACAUUCCUGUUGAAUCUAGAUCUGCAGCUAAAGACGAGAGAUUCUCUCUGACCGAUAACACAGUGACCCACAUCUUCACCGUCACCAUCACUGAUCUGAGAACAGAUGAUCAAGGCCAAUACUGGUGUGCUGUGGAGACAGGAAAGGGAAAAUAUGAUGACUAUACGGAGAUUUACCUGGAAAUUAAACAUGUGUCUAAUGUGUCUGCUAUGACCGGAGAGCGUCUAAACAUCAGCUGCCAUUAUGAAAGUGAUUUGAACAAUCAUGUCAAAUUCAUCUGCAAAGGAAGUGACCCGUCCCUCUGUGAGACAUCGUCUAUCAAAGUUUCAUCGGAGACAAACAGUAACGGUCGAUUCUCUCUGAGGGAUGAUGAAUCUGCAGGAGUUUUUACUGUGACCAUCACUGAUCUGACACAAGAGGAUUCUGGGAUAUACUGGUGUGGAGCUGUAGAGAGAGGAAAAGAGCUCAAGAACAAGUGGAUUUCAGCCAUAGAUCUGUUCAUUUAUGACGACCGUCAUGCAUUAAACCAAGUCACAUCAGAGUCACCUAAACCAACCACAACAGCUUCAGAUCACAGCAGUAAACCAGCGACAGCAGAUACUGCAUCUAACAGACCCGUCACAUCUGUAUUUCCUUCAUCAUCAACAACAUCAUCUUCAGCGUUACUGAUGCUCUCAUCGUCUAAUAAUGCAGCGUCAUCAAAACCAGAAUCAGGUUUUACCAUGAUCGUCAUGUUGAUGGUCAUAGGGAUCCUGACAGGGUUUGGAUUCUCACUGUUCAUGUACUUCAGAUGUAGACAAAAGAAAGAAGGAAAUCAGCCCAGAGAUGUCGUUCAAGGCCCGACUGAGCAUCUGCCCAACGGAGAUAAUGAACCAAACAGAGAAGUCUCUGAUUAUGAAAACAUCAGUUACACUCUUGAUAAUCCUGUCUACAGUUCGGUCCUUCCUGUGUUUGAUGAACACAACGCCGCUGUUUAUGCUUUAGCACAAUUACCCAGCAGCCCCUCUGACAAUCUCACCUACUCAUCCAUCAAAUUUUCAGCUACACCUCACUUCUGACGGGCAGGAAACAUGCACCACCGUUAGACCAUAAAGACUCAAGGUUGAUUAAACCUGAAUCACACCAAACUAAGAAUGAAACUCCUCGAUCUCACUUGCUUUGUGAUUUUUAAAUCUGUGGACUUGCUGUUAUUUUGAAUAAAUCAUUAUUUGAGACAUAA